AUGGGACAGUUGACAGCAACACUGAGCUACGCCAUCUACGAUCUUGCCGGCUUCACUCUCAUGUUUGCCAUCGUAUUCGCCGCCUUUGUUCAGGCAGGAUAUCUCAUGUUUGGUCGCAGCAGUGUCGAGUUCUGUACAUUCUCGCAAACCGCGUUCGUACUUUAUCGCAUCAUCCUCGGCGACUUUGAUAUGGACGCAAUCAAAGCCGCCCACCCCGUACUUGGCCCCUUCUACUUCAUCAUUUACAUCUUCUUCGUGUUCUUCGUUCUCCUCAACAUGUUUUUGGCUAUUAUCGGGGAGGCCUAUUCCAAAGUGAAGGAGCGCAUGGCAAAACGACCUAAUGACUUCAAACUGAUGGGUUAUCUGCGUCAGGAAAGUCCCUUUUCUAAUUUUUAA